AUGACGAAUUCAACGGUGCAGAUAGCACUCAAGAACAACACGAGCUCGUCGAAUGCCUACGCCUAUAUCACCGGCCUAGACAUCAACAAUAAUAAUGUCCCUAUACUCAUCCAGUCCGAUGGCGCCACCGUGUAUCGCCCGACAUCCCCUUCGCAGCCACUACAAGCGCUCUCCGCAGAUGUCGCCAUCUCCCUGGGCGCCCCGGGAUCGACUAGGACUAUUACGAUCCCUCAGAUUGCCGGAGGUCGGAUCUGGUUUGUGCUAGACGGCAAACUGACGUUCCUCGUGAACCCGGGGCCGGCCAUCGUUGAGCCCAGUGUCACCAACCCCAGUGACCCGAACUACAACCUCUUCUGGGGCUUUUGCGAGUUCACAUUCAACCAGGCCCAGCUCUUUGUCAACAUCAGCUACGUCGACUUUGUCAGCUUGCCCAUCGCUCUUGACCUGCAGAAUGAGAGCGGCGCUGUGCAGUCGGUCAAGGGACUGGUGUCCGGAGGCCUGGACACCGUCUGCAACAACUUGAUACAGCAAGACAACAGCGACCACGCCGGCUGGAGCAACCUGAUCAUCAAGGCCCCGAACGGGUCGAACCUGCGCGCGCUGAGCCCCAACAGCGGCCACGUCAUGAACAACAGCCUGUUCAGCGGGUACUACCAGUCCUACGUCGACGCCGUGUGGCAGAAGUACUCGUCGGAGCCCCUGACCAUCAACACGCAGGCGCAGUGGGGCAACGUGACGGGCCGGGUCGUCAACGGGAGCCUGACGUUCGACGGCGUCGGCUCCUUCGCGCAGCCCUCGGCCGCCGACAUCUUCUCGUGCAGCACGGGGCCCUUCGGCAGCUACCCGAGCGGCACCGCCGCCGAGAUGGGCGCCAUCGGCGCCCGCCUGGCCGCCGCCUUCAACCGCUCCACGCUGCUGAUCAACACGCAGCAGCCCGAGGGCGAGCAGGUCGCCAACUACUACAAGAACGCCGUCACCAACCACUACUCGCGCAUCUGCCACGCGGCCAACGCCGACCUGCGCGGCUACGCCUUCCCCUACGACGACGUCGGCCCCUCAAGCGGCGGCGACGUGUCCGGCAGCGUCUUCGACGGCGCCCCCGCCCUGCUCACGGUGACUCUUGGCGGCGUGGCCGGGUCAUCCGCUGCGGUGAACGCGGCCGCCGUACCCGAACAGAAGGUCAUCAGGGAGGAGAAGCCGGCGGCCGAUGCUGCUGCCGCCCCUGAGGCAGCUCCGACCAACGGGACGGCGGCGGCGGCGGCGCCACCCCAAACAAAGAAGACGUCGGCCCUCUCUAGUCUGAAGAAGUGGCCUUCGGUUUUGAAGAAGAGACUGGCGAAGGCCAAGUAG